AUGGCUUCCACUCAUUCCUUCCUCCUCUUCUCUAUUCUCCUUCAUCUUCAUUUUCACUCCUCAACUUCACAAAGUUGGGUCAAAGCUGGUUAUUGGUAUGCUGGCAGUGAAUCCCCCAUUCCUGACAUAAACUCUGCUUUGUUCACGCACCUUAUAUGCGCCUUCGCUAGCGUCAAUUCCUCAACUUACGAGAUUUCCAUAGCCAAAUCUGACCUGCAAUAUUUCUCCACCUUCACCAACAUCGUCAAGAGUAAAAACCCCUCGAUCGUCACUCUUUUCUCUGUAUGGAACGGACAGGCAGAAACUGCACAGGGUAUUCUGGGCAAGAAGGUGAACGAUUCGGUCCUUUCUUCGAUGCUCAGAACCGCUUCUUCAAGAAAAUCUUUCAUUCAGUCCUCCAUACAAACAGCUAGACGACAUGCGUUUCAGGGCAUUGACUUGUGCUGGCUUUGGCCUCAAGCAGAAUCGGAUAUGACCAACUUGGGAAUUCUGCUUCACGAAUGGCGACUUGCUGUGGAUUCUGAGAACAGAAGCUCUGGAGAAUCGUCGUUGAUAUUGAGUAUGGGUCUUCAUUACUUGCCCACUGUUUUUGGGAAUCUGAGUUAUCCCGUUGAUUCUUUGGUGAAGAAUCUGAACUGGGGUCAUAUUAUGGCUUAUGAUUAUCAUCUUCCUUCACUGGAAAAUUUCACGCAUCCUCAUGCUGCUCUGUAUGAUCCUAUAAGCCAUGUGAAUACUGAUUUUGGUAUAAGGAAAUGGCUGAGCAGAGGAUUUCCUUCUAAUAAACUGCUUCUGGGAUUGCCUUACCAUGGCUACGCUUGGGCAUUGGAUAGUCCCAAGGAAACCGCGAUUGGUUCUCCAUCAUCGGGUCUGGCUGUGACGCAAGAUGGGUCUAUGAGCUAUAAGUAUAUCAAGUGGUAUGUUCGGAGUUAUCGUGCUCCUACGUUGUAUAAUGCUACCUAUGUCGUGAAUUAUUGCACCAUUGGUUCUAUUUGGAUCAAUUUUGAUGAUGUUGAAGCUAUCAAAACUAAGGUUGCUUAUGCCAAGGAAAAGAAUCUGCUGGGUUACAAUGUAUUUCAGGUGAUAAAUGAUGAUAAUUGGGUACUUUCUAAGGCAGCUCAAGAUGAAGCAACUGAUCAUGGAAACAGACGGAGGCUAUUACUUAUUAUUUUACUUCCAGUUGCAAUCGUCAUAACAUUGGGAGUCUUUCUACUGUGCUGCUUAAGAAGCAAGUCAUUCAAAUCAAAAGUGAAGAUGGUGCUUGGCAAAAGUUUGCCGUCUGAACCAGAAGGUUCCAUCCGCCAUGCUGAGAGCAUUGAAACCAGUGCUCCACAUCUUGAAGAAUUUAGCUUUGCCGUCAUAGAGCGGCAACAAAAGAUUUUUCUGUAG